GUGAGCAUCGUCAAUUUAAUUGCCUGUCAAAUCUGUAAACGAAGCGAAGUAACAUUUAUUUUGUGUAUUGUCUUGAUUUUAAUUAAACUAAAAAAAACUAUGUCUGAUUACGACAAAGUACGAGUUGGUAAAUUGGUUUUGAAAGGAGAAUCGUCCAAAGCAAAGAAGCGUAAACAUAAACACAAGGAUAAAAAGGAAAAGGGUGAGAAAAAACGAGCCAUCGUGGAUGAAGAUGCGGUGAAACACGGUGGUUGGUGGAGAGCGACCAAAUUUGAGGAUAUCGUUGGAUCAGUUGCCAUUGAGUUUGGCAAGCAAACAUAUAUAAAAAGUUUGGACAAUGGUCUUUUUACACUCGGUGCACCGCAUGACGAGGGCGAUGGUCCGACACCAGAAGAAAUUUUCACGGCAUUGGCAAUCAAUGAACGACACAUUGCUCUAAAGUCUGGCUAUGGCAGAUAUUUGCGAGUGGAAAAAGACGGAAUUAUCACUGGACGCUCGGAAGCGGUCGGCGGACUGGAACAAUUCGAACCAGUUUUUCAGGAUGGAAAAAUGGCACUACAAGCAGCAAACACUUUUUUCGUUGCCAUCGAUCCGGAAGAUGAUGCAGUUGUGGCAUUGAGGAAGUCAGUAGGAGAAGCUGAAGUGUGUUCGAUUCGUACGUGUGCGGUGAGAGAAAUCAACGCAGUCGACGAUGCACCUGUAGAAGAACAAGGCAGCUUAACCGAAGUUGAAUUGAAUUAUGUCAAAAAAUUUCAAAAAUUCCAAGACAAAAAAUUACGUAUCAACAAAGAAGACUCCAGCUCAUUGAAAAAAGCCAAAGAUGAAGGCACUUUACAUGAAACACUCUUGGAUCGUCGUAGUAAAAUGAAAGCUGAUCGCUAUUGUAAAUGAAGAAAAAACUGAUUGAUUGAAUAAAUGGAUUGAUGAAAAUGUGCCGAGAUUGAA